AUAGUAUUGUUUUGGAAAAUGAAUUUAGGUUGGAAAGGAUUCAUUUUAUCAUUAUCAAUGUUUCUUAUUCAUUCUAAUGGAUUAUUUGAGUUACAACAUAAUGCAAUUUUGUUUUCGAUUAUUUCCUCUGUAAAACUGGUCCAGAGUCUUGGCAUUAUUUCUGUGUCCGUACUCAUCUUACUACUGAGCGUUUGAAAGCCCCAACUACAAUGCCACUGACUAAAGGUUGUAAAAAAAAUACAGGAAAAAGAGAUGACAGCCCAGAGACUGGAGUGUGUAAGAAAGACAAAUACAGCAGUGAUGAAGACGAGCAGCCUGUAAUGAGAAAGGGAAAGGCUCACACCUGCAAGAUGACCAAGCAAGGUAAAAUGAGCAAGAGGAGCCCCAAUAUCAUCACUAAAGCUACUGGACCCAACACUAGCCAUAAUAAACCUGCUGAGCUUUUCCGCAAAGAUUUGAUCAGCGCCAUGAAAAUGGCAGAUACAGAAAUACUAUUUGAAAGUGAGUAUUUUGUUAUAUCAGAUCCCUGGAGGCAAGAAUGGGAGAAGGGUGUCCAGGUGCCAGUUAAUGAAGAAGAAAUCCCACCAAUAACCAUCAGACAUCUGCCUUUCUACAGGGACAUGAGAAAAAAUGCUAAAACUGGAGAUUUUAAGUUACCUCUUCGCAAAUAUCUUCAUGAGAAAGUUGAUGAUACAUACCAGGCUGGCAUUCAUGAGUUGACAGGUAUGCAGGAUUUGGCUGAGCAAAUCGUCCGUUAUGACCUGGAUGAUCAAGAUGUGACUUGGCUGGAGUUGGUCAAUGACGACCGAGAAGAAAUGGGGCUGCAACUUAUCAAUGAGUGGAACAUGGAAAGAAUGAUUGAAGAAUUGGAAAACCAGUGCUACAUCAAAACGAAUGCUUUGAAGAAGACAGAAGAAGGUCUUGGAAUUGAGUAUGAUGAAGAUGUGGCUUGUGAUGUUUGCCACAUGUUGGAAAGUGAAGACACCAAUGAAAUGGUUUUCUGCGAUGGCUGUGAUAUAUGUGUACAUCAGGCAUGUUAUGGUAUUCAGACUAUUCCUGAAGGCAGCUGGUUGUGUCGAAUAUGUGCCCUGGGCAUUAAGCCGAUGUGUUUAUUGUGCCCUAAACGAGGCGGUGCUAUGAAAUCUACAAAGAGUGGUACAAAAUGGACUCACGUCAGUUGUGCUCUUUGGAUUCCAGAAGUCAGCAUUGGUUGUCCAGAGAAAAUGGAACCUGUAACUAAAAUCUCAAAUAUACCACCAUCCAGGUGGGCUUUGGUCUGCAGUCUGUGUAAAGAGCGGGUGGGAGCUUGUAUACAGUGUUCUGUCAAACAGUGUAAGACUGCCUUCCACGUUACUUGUGGCUUUGCCCAUAAUCUUGACAUGAGGACGAUCGUUGAUGAGUCUGAUGAAGCAGAUGGUAUACACCUAAGGGCUUAUUGCCCUAAACACACAAAGAACAGGAAUGCUUCAGAUUGUGAAUCUCCUAAGAAAGAAGAGGAUGCUUUAGACACAGAGAGUGAGAUGGAAGUGACGAAGAAAAGACAAGAGAAGCUGCAGCAGAUAGAAGAAGAUUUCUUCAACUUGGUGGACGUUAAAGAAAUUGCAGACAAGUUCUACAUUCCAGAAGAAGCUGUGGAUAUUGUGGCUGAGUACUGGAAGCUUAAGAGAAGGGCCAACAACAACAAGCCUCUGAUCACACCAAAGAUGGAGGAAGAAGACAGGAUGCAAAAACAACAGCAGGACAGUUUAAGUGCCAGAAUGAAGAUGUUUGUCCAUCUCAGGCAGGACCUGGAGCGGGCUCGCAAUCUGUGCUAUAUGAUUAGUAAGAGAGAGAAAACUAAACGGCAGUUCUUCAAGCUAAAAGAGAGUGUGUUCCUUUCUCAGGUUAGAGUUCUCACUGAUCCUGACCUCAACCUGAGUGCCAGAGAGGCUGAAAAGAUCCGACAGGAAUAUAACUUUGAUUCAAUUUACAGCAACUAUGGAAUGUUAUCUCCUCGAAACAGUAAACAGCCUCGGGAAAACUUGUUCAAUCUGCAUAACUUGAAAACUCCUAAAGACUACAUUGAAGAAGAUAGAGAGAGUAGUGAAUCAGAUAAAAAGGUUGCAUCUAGCCAAUCCAAUCUUGGCAAAGAGGUCAAAGUCAGAACAUCCAGACCAUCUAGUGAUUCAACAUCUAGCUCCACUCUGAAGAAUAAGUCAUCAGAUAACCACAGGGAAAACUUAUUUUCAGUGGACAGCUUCAAUAUAAUGAGUGAUUCAGCUCUAGAAAGUAGUGAAGAUGAGUUCCGUUCAAACACUCACUCAGCUCAGAUGAGCAGGCUUGGAAAAGUCAAGUUAAAAGAGAUGGAAGAGCAGCCUGAGGAUGAUGUCCCAGCAGUUAUCAAAACUGUCCCUGUAUCUCCACCUAAAAAGAAUUUUGUUGCGACCUGUGACCUCAGCAAGAAGCUGUCUUUGUUUUUGCAGUCCAAGACGAAGAUGCAGCAGCAGCAGCACCAGCAUGAGAAGAAUCACCUUGAGAGGCUGGAGCAAGUCCUUCAUGUGGAUGUGGGUCAAUCCGAAAUGGAGGAUGUAUUUACAUCUGACACUAACACAGACCUCCUCUCUCCUGUCGAUCAGCAGAGAAAUCUGUUUGAUCAUUUUGGUAUGAAAAGUAAACAGUUUCUCUCUCCACCUGACACAGCCCAGGCUCAGUCCACAUCUCCAUCCUCGCACAAGCAGCACAAGAAAUACAAGAAAAGGAAACACAAGUUGUCACCUCCAAAAAUUAAAAAGCUUCGUCUUGUAAUGUCUCCACCUGACCAGUCCACUGCUGGUGUAACCAUCAAAUCAGAAAUACCUCCAACAGAUGAUGAGCUUGCAAUAAAAUUGACUAGUCCUGACAAUAACAGAGAAUCCUUAGAAGUGGCUGUGAAGUCAGAGGUCAGCUACCUUAUUACCCCAGGUCCUAAGAAACGGGGUAGAAAAAAGAAAAUUAAACAAGAAUCUGAAGUAAUGGAGAACAGUCCUCUCAAACUUUCACCUACGCCUAGAGUGGAUGUAGACAGUGUCUACCCAACUUUGGAUGGGGACAUCUAUGUCCCUACUGGAAAAAUCCUUGUGACUGAGAGGACGAUUGUACUCAAUGAUCCUAAAGAGGAUGAAAAGUCCAGGCCAAGAAGUAAGCUUCGCUUGAAGAAGCAAGCUGACUCUCCUGUCAAAGGCUUGGCCAGUUACAUGGUGGUAAAAGAGGGAGAGGGAGAAGAUCUCCCUAAGGCUCGUGAUCAUAGCAAACCAAAACAUGUAACUGAUGAGAAGAACAUUUUUGAUCGUGUCAUGGACACCACUCCACUGCGCCUGGAAAGCACAAGUGUUUCAUCACCUAGUGCCUCCAGGAAAAUGUCAGAUGAUAAUACUGACAUAGUGAACAAUAAGAAAUCAUUUGGUUCUCGAAAAUCCCCAAAUACAAUAGAUGAUAGUGUACUUGGAUUGGUUAAUUCUAAACAUGAAGAAAAGCAUGAAGAUAAUGUAGAGACAUUAAUUGGCUCUGUGAAUUCUAAACAUAAAGAGAAACCUGAGAAUAAAUUGCAGACAUUCAAAUCUAAACAUAAAAAGAAACUGGACAGUAAAUUAACUCUUACUUCUAAGCAUCAAGACAAGCUGCAGGCAAAAUUAAAGUUAGAAACCACAAAAAAAUCUAAAAAAUUAAAAAGAAAAUUAGAACCUGUUAUUAAAGAAAUAAAAGAGGAGCCUUCUACGAACUUAGUUAAUAAAAAUACUAAUUGUUCAGUUUCUGAUGAUGUUAUAAAACAAAACUGUUCAAAAAAUCUACGAACCAGGAUCCAUGACACUGAGAAGACAAAAACACCAGGGACUAUUGAUGUUUCACCAAGUAAGAAAUUAUUUAGAAACACAACAGAAGAAAAACCUGUUGAGAUAAAAGAGGAGGAGGGGUCAAUAACAAAAGUAACGCGAAGGAGUUUAAAAAAGAAUGAACCAACAGCCACAGGUUUAAGUCAUGAAAAAACCACCCCUCUUCUCACUGUCAAGACUGAAACUCCACAAGAUUGUGAAGCACCUUUAGGCAAAACUGAAGGCAACAAUGGGUACAACAUUAGGGCCAAGCAUAAGGUGCUGGAAAGAAAUCGUGAUCUUGAAAAUGGGGAAACAUCGGAUGAGAAUUCAACGCCCAAGCAUAGCCCGUCUAAAAUUCUCAGAUCUCCUCGCUCUCGCAAAUCUCUACCGACAGAUAUUAAGAUAAAAGAAGAAGGUGACAUGUCUCCAAAAAAUGUUGCAGAUGAUUCUAAUAGUGGGGUGAAAUUGGCUCAGCUACCAAAUAAACCUCACCUUAAUGCUCUACUGGAGGCAAGUAAACUCAUGGUGAAAGUGGAUAAGAACACAGGUGAGCAGCUGAAAAAGAGACUGAAGCUCCGGGGAAGAUGGGGUACAAGCAAUGGAACUAGGAAAGACAGGCAUCAGUCCACUUUAGAUUCUUUUGUAACAAGGACUAGCAUAAGUAAUGUCUUCUCUAAAAUGGAAGUAGCACAUCAGGAGGUCAAUGGCAAGAGCUCAUGCUUUUCUACUUUUAUAAAAUCUGACUUAAGCCCACUUCUUUUAAGCCCCUCUUUGUCACAGAACAUUUCACCCGUGCCUGACCCAGGCUUUGGGAGCUCAUUAAAAUCUGGUAACUUAGCCAACAGUAUUUUUGGAUCUCACACAUCUCGAGGCAGCUUAAACAAUUACAGUGUUCCUAGAACCUCUGACUCUCAGCCACAGAGUAAAACCCCUGAUAACAAAACUACAAAUGAGCCCUUGCCAGUUUUUGGUGAUUUGGACAAGCUUACCAGGCAACUCUCUUUUGAAGACAUAAGUGAAAACUCUAUAGUCAACAAAACAAACCUGGAAAUAGUGAAGACGCCCUCAAAGUGUGACCUGUCAGCGCUUUCAGAAGACAAGUUGGAUGGACAUCGAAGCUAUAGGUCACAGUCUCCACCAUCCAGUGAAGGUAGUGUUACCUCUUGUAAAAUUUCAAAGACAGACCCUGGGCUUACUACACCCAGAAGAAUAACAAGGAGCUGUGUCACAGAAGAGUCUGACAGUCCCAGCACUAGAUUAAGAAAGAGAGACCCCUUGAUAAAAGCACCACAGUUUAGAUUGUGACCAUGGUUGUUGUGUAGUUGUAUUUUUAUUGAGUGCUUGUAUGUUGACUGUGUCUGGACCCAUUUGAACAAGUUAGCUUAUUUUAUACCUCAUUGACACUAAUUUUAAGAAAACACAUUGUUAUCUAAGAUACUUAGAGUACACUUUACAUAAGAUUGCAUGUUCAUGAGCAAGUGUUGUACUAAAAUAGCCAAACUAGUUUUAAAUGUUCUCACUGGUAAAAUCCAUGCAUAUAAACAAAGGGUUGCAUUUAAACAUUAAAGUGGGUAUAAGAGCUUUCAACUUACUCCAUGGAAUUUUAAAGUAUCUAUUUGCAUUUUUUAUAAUAGCCUUAAAAUAGAGCAUUGCCAUAGCAACAUUGACAACCAAUACCUAUUUUUGUUGAUAGUUAUUGACCAAUCUAUCAUGUUUUCUUUGAAAAUACUGUCCAUUUCUUCAAGCUGUGUGAUUGUUUCAAUUGUAUAUAUGUAAAUUAUGAAAUAAAUGAAACAUUCAGAUAAUAAUCUUAUAAUUUGCCUUGUUAAGUGUUCCUGUAACUUACCUAGUAUGGGAGAUCUAUUCUGUGUGUUAUUGAAUGAUAGCCACCAGACUUUGACAUCUUUUAUCCAACCAAAUGAUUUUACACAUAGUUUUGAUAUGACAACUUAUUUAUCUUAUAUGAUACAGACGUUACUUCAAAAAAGAUGAUUGAAAAAAUGUCCUACGCGUCAUGCAUUGAGUCAUGCAUGUUAACCAAUGAUCUAAACUCCGCCAAGUCACUGGUUUUCCUGGCUAGUUCAGGCAACCCAUUCCAUGCUCUAAUAGCACUAGGGAAGAAGGAGCUUUUGUACAAAUUUGUCCUAGCAUAUGGAACGAGGAAUGUGAAUUUCACUGAAAUCAUUCUAUAUUAUUUCUGAAAUGCAGCUACAGUAUUGUUAUACAAUACCAGUAUCUUUCAACACUAUUGUUAUACAAUACCGUUAUCUUCGAAGAGAGGACAAUCCCUUAUUCCUUGUUAACUAAAAAAAAGUGUCCUUAUAUUUACAACAGUGAGAGCUUGGUCCUUUUUAUUUUUUAACCAUCAAUAGAAUUUUGAUACAUAUUUGUUUCUUACUAUAGCAUUGAACUUAAGUUAAAAGGAAUUACAAAUCUGUGCAUAGCACUACAUUUUAUAUUGUUAUGUUUGUUUUUCGACAAAUGGCAUGUGUGAUAAAAAGUAAAAAAAAAAAACUUCACUGCGUGGCUACCUAAGAAGGGUUCAAGCAGAGUUGUGUUCACUGAGCACCCAGAGGCAGCACAGAAACCUUCUCCCAGAUAGUCCCUCUAUCCAAUGAUCUGUAUGAUAAUAGAUAUAGGACUAUAGCACAGAGCAUGCUGUAAGUGUGAAAAUGCCCUAGAUAAAAACAAUUAAAAAAAAAAGGGGGGGGGGGG